CAGGAUCAAAUAGUGAUUUCGUACGAUCAUUACCCAUUGAUGUAAUACGCGAAAUAAGGCAAUCAAAACAUUGCCAACAGUUAAAAAUGGACGAUACGGAUGGUAUGAAAAAAUAUAUGGUUAACUUUAUUAAGAACGAUGGGAAAGAUCGUAGUGCUGGCCAAAAAAUAGAUAUCAUCUGGUCUAUAAAACCGACUGACCUUGAGUUUUCCAUAUGCGAAGUUAGUGGUCCCCCAAACCAACACAGCCAUACCCAUUUUUUUAACGAUAAAUUAAAGAUCGCCAAAAUGUUGAAGGUGAUCUUUAAUAGGAUCAUAAGAAAGUACGGUAGUGUGGGCAUUAAUUUGACUUCAUUAAAAUUGUAUGGCCUACAUGUUUAUUGAAAGUACUUCCAAUUCUGAAAACGAUAUAUAUUUUACGAGAUUAACAUUCUCCAACUUCGUAUAGAUAAUGAGAUAAUAGUGUACGAAAUGUCAAUACCUUCUGGUGGAUUAUACGUUUUCUGUGAAGUUUUACGGUCAAAACUGCCAACAAAUGAGUUUGAAGUGGGAUUAUUGUUACGAUCAGUACCGGCAUUGCUAAAAUUCGGGGUUUGUUUUCAUUCUAAAUCAAUCACAUUCCAUUAGUUUCUCACAUUUAUCUUUAUAAGUUC